GCCACUAGCGUCUUGGCAUAUAUUUUCCGCCGCAACACCAUCGCCGUCAUCAUCAGGUCCAUCGCCAUAGCUGCACGCCCACCACCAACCGCCAUCGCAAACUUUCCCCGCCGCCCGCGGCCCCAAUUCACACCCGAAAUCACGCAAUGCUAUCUCGCGCUCUCGCCCUGCCCAUCCGGCGGCCCACCACCUUCCAAUCUCUCCGCACCACCCUGCGCACACGCACCCAACACAUCCACACCCCAACAUGCUCGUGCGUACGACCGACGCUAUCUACCUUCCGCUCUGCACCCAGCGCGGGCAUCCGCGAUCUCGUUUCCAGUUUCAACAACCUGAGCAUGGGCGGGCGGAUACAAACGCGCGGCAUGAAAGUGCGGAGUUCAGUCAAGAAGCUGUGUGAUGGGUGUAAGAGUGUGAGGAGGAAGAAGGGACGCUAUGUUUAUAUUAUUUGCUCGAAGAAUCCGAAGCACAAGCAGAGGUGAGUUACAAGACGUGGAUAUGGCUAUGGAUGGUGGGUGCUAACAUUAUGCAGGCAAGGAUAGAUGGGCUUUUG